AAAAGAAACGCUCGCUCGCUCGCUCGCUCGCUCUCCCAUUCAUCCGUUUUCUAGCUACCUAUCUAUCUAUUUCUCUCUCUAUCUAUCAAGCCCUGACUUUUGUGCUCUGGCGUUCGUUCUUGGAUUGGUUGUGUAGGGUUGGUCGUGUUCGCUUUCCUCAAUUCCUGUGGACUGGAUCGCGCAUCCUCCCCAUCCCCCGCCUAACAUUACCCUAACUGUGCGGGUAUACAUCUAUCUGGCCUUCCUUCUUCAUCUCGUGCACCAUUUCUCUCUUCCUGGGAACAAUCUGUCCCACGUCCCAUUUUCAUGUCCGGACCCAUCCAGUACAACUGAUACUUUUUCGGGACGGUCUGUAUUGGCCCGGGCGCCCCACGCCACCCCACGUCACGCCCUGAGUCGAACGCCCUGAGUCGUUGAGUAGCAUUAUGUCUACGGACACGCCCUCGAAUGCACCCCCUGCCGCAUCGUCGGUGGCCGGUGCCACCUCGACCUUGGAUUCAGCUUCGGCCUCCGCCUCGGCCUCUGUAACUCCGCCGAUGACCACGUGGCCGGGUCCAGCCUUGGCCUCGGCCGCCUCCUUGGACGAUGAUCCCUCGGCCGAUGAUUUGCUAGAGCAGGAGCGUUUGUUGGAAGAGUUGCUCCGCCUGCAGCUCAAUCCACUGACCGGCCAAUCGGCCAAUGGGAGUCCGAGUGGAGCCAGUGAGAAAUCCGGGGUGGGCGAUUCCACGGGCUUGCUAGCCGGCACCAAAGCCCGGGCAGGCUUGUUCCAGCCGCGCACCAAACUCGAACAAUUGGAAGACAUCUUGAUGGAAACGCAGUUCCUCGACUCGUCCACUUUUUCCAGUGAUUUGACGAGAGCCAUCAGUCAAUUGGGUCGGGAAGCCGGGGACAGUUUGCCGCUCAAGACGCUCACCGAUCUCGAUAUGCUCGACCUAGAUUACGAGUCCACGGAUGCCAUUUUCCGUGACUCGUCUGCCUCGUCCGCCUCGGGCGAAUCCCUUAGCUCACCUCAGUCCUCGUCCGCCACCCGCCCCGCGACCACCACCGCCUCGGCCCAAGUGGAUCCGGAAGUAGAACGACUGCGACAAUGCUGGUCGGCCCUACGGUCCGAUAUAGUUCGCGUGUACCUGCUGGUCAUGGGCGGAGCGUGGAAAGAUGCCAAAGCCCGCCCGGAUUUGAGCCACAUCAAAGGGCGUGUGCACGAACUCCGGUGGCGUGAUUCUCAUCAGCUUUUUCAGCGACUUGAGUUCGUGGUCCGGGAGUUGAUAUUGUCACUGAAGCAAGGAUUUCUGCUUAUGUUGAAUAAGGAAGCCUCGAGCCCCAACCUUGCCCGGCAAUUCAUUCAAGAUCUGUUGGAUGGCUUUGAUAGCGUUUGCCACGCUGCUCAAAUAAUCUCCCCGUCCAUGGCUGACCUAGAAAAAGACCAUCUGAGCCGAUUUUCACUGACGUGGGAAAUUCUCAAUAAACAUCUCUAUCAAUCACUCGUGUAUGCUGAUCCGGUUAUCCAGAAUAAUUUACCGAUACUGAUCUCUCAGCUUAGAUCCUUGUUCCCGGAGCCAGAGCACGAAGCCACUUACACGGCUUUGGUGAGGCGUUAUCUCGACUUUGAUGUGGAAAUGGAGAAUAUUGGAACCUUUUGGCAAACAUCGGAGACGUUGCUAGAAGAAUAUAAUCAACAGCAAGACAAGCUGCGGUUGAAACAGAAGAUGCUCAAGGACGAUUGGGAAAAGUUCAAGGCUCAAAGGCGUGAGUUCGAGGAAGAAUUCAUGACUCAGGACAAUCAUCAUCCAGAUAUGGAUUUAGACGGCGACAUGAUGAGCUCUGAAUUUUCCGAGUCCAUGCAUCGCAUCUUGAGCGGUCUAGAAGAGCUGACGUAUGACGAAAUUCCUCCGGAUCUAGAAUCGGAGCUGCGUCGCGUCAUGAACUUGGAAGAAGUGAGCUCUUCACCUUUGACCGAGGAAGAUUUAUCUGAAGACGUUCUCACUCCACCCUUGGGGUUUUCACCCUUGAACAAGACUUACUUGCUGCCUGAGCAAUCAUCUUCUAGAAUAGCAGUACUUUCUCUUCAAGGGUCAGCCCAAGAAAAUCUCGAGUACAUGAAAACCAACGUUCAUCAAGACCAUCCCAACGAAUCUUGUAAAUGCCAUGUCUGCCAAGAUAUGAGGAGUGACUCUCCUGACCUUCCACCGUCACGAUCAGAAUCGUCCACGUCAGCUCCGGGAGCUUCUUCAUCCGUCCCCAAGUCCGGAAAGAAUGGGGUCAAAGAUAUGGAAGAUGCUUUUGCGAGUAUUUACCCACAUCUGUACAACUCAUUAACCGAAGUUGGUGGAAUGCUCGAUGGAAAAGAAGACCACAAGGAAAUCCUGCCAUCCAUUUCUCCCUUGAUGUCGUCUUUACUUCAGCGUCUCAAAGACAAUUGUGGAAACGACAAAGAAUACCGUGAAUCCCUAGACCUUGCCUUGAAAUUGUCAUAUCUGCAACCAAGCAAUGACACUGAUCCAGCACCGACGGCUAAAUCCAGCAUAGCGUCCUUGGUCCCCUCGGUCACUGAUGCUAAUUCCAAGUCUUCGAAAGAGUUCACAAAUGUGGCCAAGAGCACCAACCCUCAAAUAUCAGCCGAUACAGCAACACCCGUGCCUACCACGACGUCAUUGUGUUCUUCUUCGUCGUCAUCUUCUUCAUCAUCAUCGUCAGCUUCAUCAGCGGGAAACAGUGAAGUGUCGGAAACCACCAAAUCGAGCAGCAAGAAACCAACUCCAAAUUCCAACAAAAAUGGAUCAGCAUCGGUGGGCAAGGCUAUUAGUUGCCCGAAGAGCAAAAGUACUGCCUCGUGCAAAGCGAACCAUCACAUGGGUCCUCAUGCCAAAGAGCUCAACAAGUUACUUAAUCAGCAUUAUUGUAAUCACAAAAAAACCUCUCCGGCCUCCAGUACUAAUGGAAGAAAGAGCCAUAGUAAACCACCGAGCACGCCUUCCGGGGACAUUUCUAGUGAUGACGAUAUCAGUGAUAACGAGUUGGACGAUGAUUAUGAAGACCAUGAGCAUGGCGAUGACGAAGGUUGUUGUGGUGGAAGUGGAGGCGGAGAUGACCUUCCCAGUGGUGAUCCCCGUCAGUGUUCAUGUUGUUAUUGUGAGGUAUUCGGACAUGGUGGACCAUCCAUGGCUCCUGUCAGUCGGAACUAUCCCGAGAUGCGAGAGCGUUUAAGAUUGCUCUUACGAAAAAAGAAGCAAUGCAAAGAUAGACGUGGAGAAUCAACUCAGAAGCCCUCUCAACAACAGCCCGAGUCUCGCCUUGUGGAAAAAAGUGAGGCUCGCAGCAAGGUGAACCCAUCUGUGAGUAAUGACGCAAGCUCCCGAUUAGCGCCCGAACAACCGGACGAAUUGAAAACCAAGGAUGUGGAUGAAAUUCUGGACUUCAUCGAAGGCAAUGUCCGACAAACCAAUGAAAAAAAGAAGGCCAAAAAGGAGCGCCAAAAGCAACAACGUGCUGAAGAGUUACAAAAGAAGGCUGAAGAAGAGCGACGGAAGAAGAAAGCUGAAGAGGAGAAACGGAGACUUCAACAGGAGGAAGAAAAGAAGGCCCAAGAAGCAGCUCUUCAAAGCAUGAAAAAGCAAAAGAAAAAGGCCGCUCAAAGAGCCAAGAAAGCAGCUGCCAAAGGGUUACCGGUCUCUGAGGAAUUGGAGGAAGAUGCCAAAUCUCCACUCACGUUGGAAGAGCUAAAAAUGCAACAGCUCCGAGAAAUUCAGGAACUCAAGCUUAUGCACCAGAGGCAAUUACAAGAAGAGGAACGGAAGUUACAAGAAAUCCUGCAUGAGCAACAACGGAUUCAAGCCUCCGGAACCAAAAGCGUUCAUGGACCAUCCUCCAAACUUGCCAAUGUGACCAUCUCCAGCAACGGUAGCCAUCCCAAGAAAGGAGCCAAGGAGAACAAUCCGAAAUCGGGGCCAACUCAAAAUCAAAACUUGCCGGUCCCACCCUCUUCGAAGCCCGUUUCAUCUCCUAGUACUUCGCUCUCAGCCAUUCUAAAUCAAUCUCAGGCAGGCUCGGGGAGCGGUCAGCAGAUUAAAAUUUCUCGUACACCCUCGGGCGGUGUCGAGUUCACCCCAGUGGUUGUAAGUGAUCAGCCUGGACCCACUUCCACUAGUGCAAUGGCCCCUGCACCCUCGGCUACCAGUUCAUUCAGUCCAUUCAACCACCUGAUGCCUUCAUUUCCGUCCACAUCAGCCCCACAUAUUUCGGGGUCGAUGAAUCCGUCGAGCGUCAAUGGCGGUGCUUACCCUGGCACUGCUCCAGGCUCAGGCCCAACAACCUCUCAGGACCGACGCCCUUCUGUGCCCAGCAAAGCAAGUCCCGCUCAGCCCAUGUUCACCAUCAAACGGAUUCAAACUCCCGACGGUGGACAGGCAUCUGCUACCAUUUCUUUGAAAGACAAGCGCAAUGAAAAGCUAAUGUACAAGUUUGUCAAUGGUGAGAUUCUUCGUUCUCGGGAUGCUCCCGCCAACCUGUUGCCAGAGGCCAAGCCGAUGGGUGAUGGGAAGAAGAAAAAGAAAAAGGCUGCCAAGUCUUCGGCGAAUAACCGAACGAAUUCUCCUCUGACUGAAGAGAGCGGCUCUUCUCGUACGCGAAGCGGGGUCAGACCCGGUAGCGAUCUCAAAGUGCAACCCUCUUUGCCAUUGCCUUUGAAUGCCCAAGGCAAAUUGGACCUGGACAAGCUUCAGCUCCCCAACGGCAUCUCGAUCACCAAGAUCGAUGGCCAAGUCAAUGAACGGAAAUACUUUCCAUCGAAACCCGAUAUGGGUAGUGGUGGAGGUGGCAGUAGCUCUGUGUUCCCUCCUGAUAAUGCGGUCAAGCAGACGGAGGUGAAUUUCAAUGAGCUCACACCCGAGCUGAUUAAUAACCCCAAUGUGAUUGUGGUAGACACGUCUUCUCUGAAAACAGAGGCCGAAGAAAAGAGUGAGUUGUCCAGUCAAAAUGGCAAGAACGGAAAGGCUGCCAAAAAGGCCGUGAAGAAAUCUCAAGACUCAUCGUAUCUCACGAGUGAAAGCCAAUCUCCAAAGAAUAACCGGGACACUGGGAUGAGUCCGCAACUCCCCGUGGAGAAUGAUGCCAAUGCGUUGAAAAAGGGACCCCAAGUGUUGAUUAAGAACGUCAACGGGAAAGUGGUCAUCACGCCUAUUCCUGAGUCUGUAACAACAGAAAAUGGAAAGAAUGGAAAUUCUUCGUCUCCCGGGAUGUCAAAUGGCGGGAACAACAAUAUCCCACCAACCAAUGGAAACAACAAUAAUACCGUGAAUAACAACAAUAAGAAUAUCUCGUCCACGAAGAGUUCUCUCUCAAUGGCCAACACUCAAAUCAAUAUGAACGGGCUCGCAGGAACCAACAAGCAAAAUCUGAGACGCCCGGAAAUGAUGGAGAUCGAUUCCAAUGAACGAGAAAUUCUUCGACAAGAUUCGAUUGGUGACAAUAUCGAUGAAAUUUCGAGCGUCUUCGCUCCCAAGGAUAUUGAUUUGGACAAUGGGGAAAUGGACGAAGAUGAGCGUGAGGUGGAAGCCUUUAAACGUUUCUGUUUCAAUCAUAUCCCUCCUCAACAGAAAGCCAAGGUUCACUUGGACGUGAAGAACAUUGCAUUCAACAAGAAGAAAUGAACUCAGCCAAAGUCUUAUGUACGCAUUGAACUGAGAGGAUACCGUUCCUUCUUCACUAGAAGAUAUCCUAAACAAUAUCUACUGCCGAACCGAAAUAAAAGAAGGAGACACGUUGUUCAUCAA